AGGAGUGUUGUUAACAUGUCUGUCUGUCCCCCCCACCCCUUAUUUCUCCCACUUCAAGCUGCCCCACUGUUGCUGUAUGCAAACCGCCGUGACCUGAGGCUGGUGGAUGCUGCCAAUGGGAAGGAGAAUGCCACAGUAAUCGUGGGUGGCCUCGAAGAUGCAGCAGCAGUGGACUUCGUGUUCAUAAAGGGGUUGAUAUACUGGAGUGACGUGAGUGAAGAAGCCAUUAAACGAACAGAAUUCAAUAAAUCUGGGAGUGUACAAAAUGUGGUCGUUUCUGGACUUUUGUCACCUGAUGGGCUGGCAUGUGACUGGCUGGGAGAGAAAUUAUAUUGGACAGAUUCUGAAACAAAUCGGAUUGAAGUUUCUAAUUUAGAUGGAUCAUUGAGAAAAGUUUUAUUUUGGCAAGAAUUGGAUCAACCCAGAGCAAUUGCCUUAGAUCCUGCAAGAGGGUUCAUGUAUUGGACAGACUGGGGAGAAGUGCCAAAGAUAGAACGUGCUGGGAUGGAUGGUUCGAGCCGCUCCAUUAUAGUCAACACAGACAUUUAUUGGCCAAAUGGACUGACAUUGGAUUAUGAAGAACAGAAACUUUAUUGGGCAGAUGCUAAACUGAAUUUCAUCCACAAAUCAAAUCUUGAUGGAAGUCAUCGGCAAGCAGUGGUUAAAGGCUCCCUUCCACAUCCAUUUGCUUUGACUCUGUUUGGGGACACAUUGUACUGGACAGACUGGAACACACAUUCCAUCUUGGCCUGCAGCAAGUACUCUGGGGAGGACCUGCGUGAAAUACAUUCCAACAUCUUCUCACCCAUGGAUAUCCAUGCUUUCAGCCAGAAGAGGCAGCCAAAUGCUACAAACCCAUGUGGGAUUAAUAAUGGUGGCUGCUCCCACUUAUGUCUGAUGUCUCCUACCAAGCCCUCUUAUCAGUGUGCAUGUCCCACUGGUGUGAAACUUCUUGAGAAUGGAAAGACCUGCAAAGAUGGUGCCACUGAAUUGCUGCUUCUAGCCCGCCGGACAGAUUUGAGGCGCAUUUCCUUAGACACUCCAGAUUUUACAGACAUCGUUUUGCCACUGGAGGACAUCCGUCAUGCCAUCGCCAUUGACUUUGAUCCUCUGGAAGGGUACAUCUAUUGGACUGACGAUGAAGUUAGAGCCAUCCGUCGCUCAUUUGUUGAUGGGUCAGGUAGUCAGUUUGUUGUCACAGCACAGAUUGCUCAUCCUGAUGGCAUUGCUGUGGACUGGGUUGCCCGAAAUCUGUAUUGGACUGAUACUGGCACAGACCGUAUAGAAGUUACAAGGCUUAAUGGGACCAUGAGAAAAAUCUUGAUAUCGGAAGACCUGGAAGAACCUAGAGCUAUUGUGCUGGAUCCUAUGGUAGGGUACAUGUAUUGGACUGACUGGGGAGAAAUUCCAAAGAUCGAGAGGGCAGCACUAGAUGGCUCAGACAGGAUUGUGUUGGUGAAUACCUCACUUGGGUGGCCAAAUGGACUGGCAUUGGAUUAUGAAGAAAGCAAAAUAUACUGGGGAGAUGCAAAAACUGACAAAAUAGAGGUGAUGAAUGCUGAUGGAACUGGCAGAAGAGUUCUUGUAGAGGACAAACUUCCUCACAUCUUCGGAUUCACAUUAUUGGGAGACUAUGUUUAUUGGACAGAUUGGCAAAGACGCAGUAUUGAACGUGUGCAUAAGCGGACAGCAGAAAGAGAAAUCAUCAUAGAUCAAUUGCCUGAUCUAAUGGGCCUCAAAGCUACAAAUGUACACCAGAUAAUUGGUACAAACCCCUGUGCAGAGGAUAAUGGUGGUUGCAGCCAUCUGUGUCUGUACAGACCACAAGGCCUUCGCUGCGCUUGUCCCAUAGGCUUGGAGCUCAUCAAUGAUAUGAAGACCUGCAUUGUCCCAGAAGCUUUCCUUCUGUUUUCUCGGAGAGCAGAUAUUAGACGAAUCUCUUUAGAAACAAACAACAACAAUGUUGCUAUUCCGCUUACUGGAGUUAAGGAAGCUUCAGCUCUGGAUUUUGAUGUGACAGACAAUCGAAUUUACUGGACUGAUAUUUCAUUGAAGACCAUCAGCAGAGCAUUUAUGAAUGGCAGCGCACUGGAACAUGUUGUAGAGUUUGGCUUGGAUUACCCUGAAGGCAUGGCCGUAGAUUGGCUGGGGAAGAACUUGUAUUGGGCUGAUACUGGAACAAAUCGCAUCGAAGUGUCAAAGCUGGAUGGCCAGCAUCGCCAAGUGUUGGUGUGGAAAGAUCUUGACAGUCCCCGGGCACUGGCACUGGAUCCUGCAGAGGGGUUUAUGUACUGGACUGAAUGGGGUGGUAAACCGAAGAUUGAUAGAGCUUCUAUGGAUGGCAGUGAGCGGACUACUCUGGUACCAAAUGUGGGACGUGCCAACGGCCUAACUAUUGAUUAUGCUAAAAGACGACUAUACUGGACUGACCUUGAUACUAACCUAAUAGAAUCCUCCAACAUGCUAGGUCUUGACCGUGAGAUUAUAGCUGAUGACUUGCCUCACCCAUUUGGCUUGACUCAGUAUCAGGAUUACAUUUACUGGACAGACUGGAGCCGGCGUAGCAUUGAACGAGCCAACAAGACAAGUGGCCAGAACAGAACUAUCAUCCAAGGACAUUUGGAUUAUGUUAUGGACAUCCUGGUCUUCCAUUCCUCCAGGCAGGCAGGCUGGAACGAGUGUGCCUCUAGCAACGGCCAUUGCUCUCAUCUCUGCUUAGCAGUCCCUGUUGGUGGUUUUGUCUGUGGGUGCCCUGCUCACUACUCCCUCAACUCUGACAACAGGACUUGCAGUGCUCCUACAACCUUUCUUUUGUUCAGUCAGAAGAAUGCAAUUAAUCGCAUGGUGAUAGAUGAGCAGCAGAGUCCAGAUAUCAUACUUCCUAUCCACAGUCUCCGAAAUGUUCGAGCCAUUGAUUAUGACCCCCUGGAUAAGCAGUUGUAUUGGAUUGAUUCACGGCAGAACAUCAUUCGGAAGGCACAGGAAGAUGGCAGCCAGAGCCUCACUGUUGUGACAAGUCCAGUUCCCAAUCAGAACCUAGACAUGCAGCCUUAUGACCUGAGCAUUGACAUCUACAGCCGCUAUAUCUACUGGACCUGUGAAGCUACUAAUGUCAUCAAUGUGACACGCUUGGAUGGGAGACCCAUGGGAGUGGUGCUCAAAGGAGAUCAAGAUAGACCCAGGGCCAUUGUGGUGAAUCCGGAGAAAGGAUAUAUGUAUUUCACCAACCUGCAAGAAAGGUCUCCUAAAAUUGAGAGAGCAGCAUUGGAUGGAACUGAACGAGAGAUCCUUUUUUUCAGAGGAUUAAGCAAGCCUAUAGCCUUAGCUAUUGACAGCCAGCUAGGCAAGUUGUUCUGGGCUGAUUCAGACCUGCGGAGAAUUGAAAGCAGCGACCUUUCAGGUGCUAACCGAGUUGUUUUGGAAGAUUCCAAUAUCUUGCAACCUGUAGGACUAACUGUAUUUGAGAACUGGCUGUAUUGGAUUGACAGACAACAGCAGAUGAUUGAAAAGAUUGAUAUGACUGGUCGAGAAGGACGUACAAAGGUCCAAGCUCGUAUUGCACAACUCAGUGACAUUCAUGCUGUGAAAGAGCUUAACGUUCAGGAAUACAGACAGCACCCUUGUUCUCAAGACAAUGGUGGUUGCUCACACAUUUGCAUUGUGAAGGGCGAUGGCACCACACGCUGCUCUUGUCCAGUCCACCUUGUUUUGCUGCAGGAUGAGCUGUCCUGUGGAGAACCUCCAACAUGCUCCCCUCAGCAAUUCACCUGUUUCACAGGUGAGAUUGACUGCAUCCCAGUGGCCUGGCGCUGUGAUGGUUUCACUGAAUGUGAAGACCACAGUGAUGAAAAAAACUGCCCAGUGUGCUCAGACACCCAGUUUCAGUGUGAAAGUGGACAGUGCAUAGACAGUGCCCUCCGGUGCAAUGGAGAAGCAAAUUGCCAGGACAACUCAGAUGAGAAGAACUGCGAAGUGCUUUGUUUAACUAAUCAGUUCCGGUGUGCCAGCGGGCAGUGCAUUGGUAAAAGCAAGAAAUGUGAUCACAACCUGGACUGUAGUGACAGCUCAGAUGAGCAAGGAUGCUACACUACAGAGGAGCCUGCGCCACAGCCCAACAACACAAUAGGCUCCAUCAUUGGUGUAAUCCUCACACUUUUUGUGGUUGGAGCAAUGUAUUUCAUUUGCCAGAGGGUGCUGUGCCCACGCAUGAAGGGAGAUGGAGAAACAAUGACCAAUGAUUAUGUGGUACAUGGACCAGCCUCUGUACCUCUUGGUUAUGUGCCUCACCCAAGCUCUUUGUCAGGGUCUCUUCCUGGGAUGUCUCGAGGAAAAUCUAUGAUCAGCUCCCUCAGCAUUAUGGGAGGGAGCAGUGGGCCACCCUAUGACAGGGCCCAUGUCACUGGAGCAUCUUCCAGUAGUUCUUCAAGUACUAAAGGCACUUACUUUCCUCCAAUUUUGAACCCACCACCAUCACCAGCUACUGAGCGUUCACAUUAUACAAUGGAAUUCGGUUAUUCUUCAAACAGCCCAUCCACUCAUAGAUCUUACAGCUACAGGCCUUACAGCUACCGCCACUUUGCACCUCCCACAACACCCUGUAGCACGGAUGUCUGUGACAGUGACUAUGCCCCAAGCCGAAGGGUCACGGCCACGAUGGCCAAGGGCUACACCAGUGACUUGAACUAUGAUUCAGAGCCCGUCCCACCGCCUCCGACUCCGCGCAGCCAGUACCUGUCAGCGGAGGAGAACUACGAGAGCUGCCCCCCUUCCCCGUACACAGAGCGGAGCUACUCUCACCACCUCUACCCACCACCGCCGUCCCCCUGCACAGACUCCUCAUGAGGGGCAGCCCCCCCUCCGUAAUCUGCCUCUGCCGUGGAAGUGUAAAUACAAAGCGUUCUACCAGGGAGGGGGGAGUUCUUGGCAAGGGAUGAGGUAGGACAGUGUACAGUUAAAUGUUAUUAAGUUGGGCGGAGGAAUACUGGACAUAUUUGUACAGAAGAAAAAAAAAAGGAUAUUUAUAUAUUUUCUUAAACAGCAACUGCUGCUUGUGCCAUAAGAAAAAUUUUUGUAUAAAAGAACCCAGACAUUUGUACAAAAAGUUUUUAUUUUUGCAAAUUGAACACAAAAACAUGCCUUAAUCCAGUGAAGUGACUGAGCACAUAGCGAAAUGGAAGGAGCAGGUAUGUGUCACUUGUCCAGCGAGGUGAGAUGUGGGGUUUGUCAAUACCAAAAAUGUUUAAAGUAAUUAAUAAUAAAGAAGUCCGUCUCAGAGCAGCAUACCAUAGAUACUUGGAAGUAGCCAAAUAACCUCUAUAUUAGCUACAGAGGGCCAGCAACUAAGUUAAACUUGAAAAUGCAGUCAGGACAGAUAAUAACCUUAUACAAAGGGCUUUGUUUUCUACAGGAAUACAGCAAUCGUAGCAGUGAAUCCAGAAGAAUAAUCACACAUUUUUUUAAAAGAGUACACCUCUGUUUUUCUUCAAUACAUUUACCAAACUUGAACAUUUUGAACUCUCUCCUUGCUUCUGGAAUUUCAAUGAUUUUUGUUGGGUAUAUUUUAAAGUUUGCUUUUUUAAUACUGCUUAGCCUUUCUACAUCCUUUCUUCCCCCCAUGUCACUUUAAAUCAUAUUAACCUUAUUUAAAGUACUGCUAGAACUGGGCUGCUGUAAAUUCUUUUUUUUCCCCUCCUAAUUAGCCUUGUCGUGCAAUGAGUGUCAUGCUAUACAUUACUUCACUAAUUUUGCCAACAUGAGGAUCCUGUUUUGUACCAGGUCAGUGUGAUUUUCACAUGAUUGACAAGGGUAAUAUGCACAUACCUGAAUGAUUUUUAGUCCCUGAAAAAAGAAAAACUUAUUUUGACCUAGUGCCCACAAAAUGUCAAAUAUUUUUUUACCACAUAUAAUAGAGACAGUGUAUUUAUAAACUAUAAAUUUAACCACGGAUUGUUAGUUUUACUGUAAAUGAAUAAUAUAUCCUUGCAGUACAUUCAAUGUAUAUUGAUACCACAGUACGCAAAUCAGAUAUAUAUAAUAUAUAUAUAUUAUUUUUUCCUAGUAAGGAAGCAUUUAACUUUCAGUGGAGCAACUGUCCAUAAGAAAUAAAUGUUUUGAUCAUUGGAAGGAGUUCCUUUGCUGUAUUAACUGCUCAUGAUUUGUGUUAGGCAAAGCCAAUUUUCUCAGUAUGAUUUUGACAUACCUCCUCUUUUGUGUGGUGUGAGUUUAAUGCUUUAGUAUUAACCGCUGUGAGUAUCAAAUUAAGAUAUUCUUAACCAAACAAUUUUUUAUUCACAUCUCUAUUUUUGUAUAUUACCUUAUUUAGCCCCUUCUCCCUUUAGCCUCACCAUGGUGAUUUUGAAAGGGAUAGUAUAUAAUCAAGUGAAAGCAUUAUUUGUGUAGGUUGAGGGACAACCUAGAAUAUUAUGAUUUCCUCUCCUACUCCAGUGCAGUGUUCUGAAUUUGCUUUGACUGUAGCAGAGCUCACAGUAUACCUGAUUCUAGACAGCAUUACGCAUUUGCACCUUCUGUUGAUGUUAAAUCCAUGUUGAAGGUGUUGAUGCCUUCAGGUUGGACUUCUGAUUCUUUUCUCUCAAAACAAAUGCUUCUGCCUUCUGAGUCUUUUGGGCUUAGUAUGGAUGGAAUAACCAUUCAGAGGUCCUAUUUGGCUUGUAUUGUUCUCUGUUGUUUGUUUCCAUCCAGUUUCAACUAAGCAAAAUAAUCGAAAAAUGUGGCAUAGGCUUUGAUUCAUACUGUUGACAUAAUUAGUGACAAAUAAUUCUGCCACUCAUCUUGGGUACUGAAGCUUUGUUUUAUUUCAGCUCUGAGAAAAACCAUGCUAUUUGGAAUCCCAGCUGUAACAAAGAAUUUUUCUCACAGUAAAAGAUACCUGAGAAAACAUUAAAAACCUGGAUGGACUCCAGGCUACUACAAUUGAUCUCUGGAUCUGGUGCGCUGAGAGUUUGCUCAGCUUCAUUCUAGGUAUCUGGAAAUUGUGAUAGCUGUUCUUUAGGCUCUUCCUUGUUGUUGAAGAAGCCUGUCUGCGUUCUCCAGCAGGGCUGAUGUGGAAGGUAUUGUAAACUAUAAGGGAACUCAAAGACUUUUAUAUGAAGGGGGGGAGGACAGGUGUGCUGGGGUGGAUGUCGAGACUGGCAUGCCAAUGAGAAUAGAACCUUCUCUGUUGUUUACAUUUUGUCAUGUGCAGCAUUCCAUGUGGGGUUCACAUGUGGAAACUUGCACUAAUGAACUCAGAAGAAUAUUGCAUUGUUAUAUCUCAGUCCAAGUGCUUGUACUGCGAUGGCAAUGAUAUCUUCUUGCAAAAUACUCUUUUCAGCAUGCCGAUUUCUGUUUGAAAAUCUCCUAAGGUAGUUAAGCUUAAGGAAUGGUAUCCUCUUUCUGCUGCAGUUGCACUGCUUUGCUGAAGGUUACUUUUUCAGGGAAUUUCCUGGCUGUAAAUUCACAAAUGCGUUAAUUAUAAUGAGGGUUAAUUAUAAUGAAAGUUCUCUUCAUGUGAACUGCGCUGCCUGAGUUCUAUGCUGGUUUUCAUCCAUAAUUACUCCAGUUGUAAUCAGUGGGAUGGAUGUGUAAUUUAGUGUAGAAUUUGAUCAAGUCUACAUCUCACCUUGUACAUCAGAUAUUUUGAGCAGUCUGUCUCUGGAUGUAAAGAGCAGGAAAGUGGAUAUGUUUUUUCCACUGAGGAUGACCAGCAUAGGGAGCAGACUUGCUUGUCUGGAUUAUCCAAAGAAUUUAUUUAGUGGGAAACUGUGAUCUGCCUUUGCAUUUACAUGUAUUUUUCCAAUAAAUCUAGAGUGAAAGAUAGAAUGAAUUGAUGAUCUGUGGAAAUCCUCUUGGCUAGAUGUCCAAAUUACAAAAGCAUUGCUGCAGCUAAUAUAUGCACCUGACCUAAUCACAGUGGACAAACCAUAGACUGCUUGAAUAUUGGAACUGAAUGACCUUUCUGUUCCUUUCUGCCACUGAGCCAGUCGUGACUGAUACUCUCUCCUUCCCUCAAUCACAAUUGUGCUUUCUUCUGCCUCUCAAAUUGACUGAGAUGCUAGGACUAUGGUAAUGCACACAUGUCAACUUAGGAUAUAGCUGGAUAGGUGUGUGGCAUUAACAUUAAAGAGAUCGCACUGAUGUAAAUGAAGACUAUUCAUAGUCCUUAAGCUAUGCACAAAUAUCUUCAUCUUACAACAUGAAAUGCAUAUAAAUAGGGGUAUUUAACUCAACUGUGUUAAAUGUGUAGUUUUUCCUCUGGACACCUGGAAAGUAUUCAUAGCUGAGUGUCUGGGCAUGGAAAUAGCUGGCAUGCUAAAACAGGAACGGAACAGUCCUUUCUAGUUUAAAAAUAAUAGUAAUAAUAAUGAUGAACAUUACAGUGUAAAGUUUGAUGAAAACUAACCUUUGCAUGAUCUAUACGUGUUUAAAUGGCAAUAUAAACGAGACCUAAUAUUGCCUUUUAAAAUUAUGCCUGCCUUAUGAUGCUGUGCGUCUUCCUAGGGAAGACUCAUCAUUUUUCUACUGGUUCAGAUGCCAAGAUAUUUAUUUGAAAAGAACUUAAAUAGGGUAAGCACAACAUGCAAAUAACAUGAAAUAAAGAAUGUUUUCCAUGCAUUCAUGCAACUCAUGUUUAUAUUAAAUAGAAUAUUCACAGUAAUGCAAAACAUGCAAAUGAGCCAGUUUAUAAUGAAAGGAUUAAUUUUGCUGUGAGUUGUAAAUUUCAGUAUUGUAAAUUCCAAAUUACUACCAUAACAUUACCCCAUGAACAUGUACAAGUAUAUAUAUAUAUAUGUAUAUAUGUGUAUAUGUGUAUAUAUGUAUAUAUGUGUAUAUAUGUGUAUAUAUAUAUAUAUGCAAGUACACAUCUAUUUGAUGAUGUGAGUUUACCCAAAGCUGAUAAUUUUCUCGUGCAUACAUACCCACAUUGGCACAUUUGGCCUUGUUGCCUUUCAAAGUGCUAAUGCUGGGUACUGUCAUGGUGUCUCUUGUAAGACAGACUUCUUUUGUCCAGAUUACAGGACAGACAGCAGACUAUUUGCUAUUUAAACCUGAAUAAUUAGUGCUCUGUCAUGCAAGGCAGGAGAAGAAGUGCAUUUUUGAUGCUGUUGUAUUAAUUCUGAUGUCCAGUUUGCAGAUGAGUAAAAGCUCUUCUGCUCUCUUUAAGUAUAUAAAAACUAAUCUGUUGUAGUAACUAUGAAGAAAAAUUCACCCAAACUGCUUGUCAUGACAGGUGACACUAUCCACUGCAAGUGAAGGAAUAUGCACAAAGUCCAUUUAUUGCAUUAAUGGAUUUUGUUGGUGUUUUGGUCUCUGGUUUGUGCAUUGCUUCUCUAUUUGUUAUGUCUGAGACUCUAGAAAUCGUUUGACUUGUGAGUCUUAGAAAGGGAUUCAUUCAUUAUGCUUUAAGCCAGUUAAGUCUGUCUUAAGAUAAAGAAAAGGCCACUUUCUUGAAUAUUUAGUGUUUCCAUUCUUUAUUGCUUUGGAAAUCUCCUUGAGUUGAUUACCACCAUUCUAGAGAGAAAUGCUUGAUCUACAGAACUCCCUGGCCAUGCAUGCUGCUGAGCCAAAUGACUUCUUCAAAAUAUUACUAAAACAUUCUCACUCACUCUGUGCCCGACAGAUUUGUCUUGACUAUGUUUACUCAUAAUACUGUUAUGCAGAGAAUCUGCUUUGGAAUGUGUACUGUGCAUGUAGCAGAUUAUUAUUUACACAACAAAAAAUAGCUGCCUCAUUGGGUGCACAAGUAAUUUCAGCAUUGUUUUUGAGAAACUGCUUUCCUAGCCAUUCUUUUUAAGUUACAUUGUGAUAUGGUUAUUGCAUGCAAAUUAACCUUUAAUGUAGUUGGCAGGUGACAAAUGCACCUUGAAAACAAGUCAGGAAUGACCUAACAGCUUGAAAAUGGCUACAAAACAGAAUCACAGCAUCAUAGGGGCUGCAAGGGACCUCUGGAGAUCAUAUAGUCCAACCCAAACAAUUCAUUUAUUCAAAAACAUUCAAUUUAUUUCUAAAGGAAGUAAAAUAAAAAGCCACAGUAAUCCAAAUGAGCAAUUUUCUUUCAUUUUUAAAAAGGCAGGUCAAUGUUUGAUAAUAACCUGGUAUUUAUAGGAACUGAACAAUCCACUCCAAAACAGUGCAGAGCAGAGUAAGAAAACUGUCCAUAUUAGAAAUGUCCUAAGAGCAUGCAGGAUUAUUGUGAUGUAACUGUUGGAGAGCAGUCAUGUUCCCCUCUUUUCAAUGAACAAGGAGCAUCUUUGAAGUCCCGAUUAAAAUGGCUGUAGCCUUAAGCCAGGCAGUUGAGAGUCAGCCAGGGAAAAUGAAAGUGUCUUUUGUAAAGGGGAUACCACUAGGCUUAAGCUGAACUAGCCUUGUUUGCAAAUGAAGGAUCUGGUGCUGCUUUCAGACUUUUAAUCUUGGUUUUUUGUUUUGUUUUGGUUUCGUUUGUUUUUUUUUUGUAAGCUUUAAUCGCUGUUUGUCAUUGUCUUAAAGCCAGCUGGUGUCUCUUGUUCAUCAACUUUGGUAAGAUGGUGCUUUGCAAGGAUGUAUUUAUAUUAUAAUGACCAACAUUUGGUCAACCCUAUUCACUCAUUCACUAACUUUUUUUUUUUUUUUGUAAAAUAAAGUGCUUUACUUAUGAGGUGUAUAUAAACCUUGUACAAAAAUCCUUUCCAAUAAUUACUAUAAACUGAGUUGUAACAAAUGAAAUGUUGAUUUUUAUAAUAAAACUAAGAGUGAAAAAAA